AUGGAGAAGGGGGCAACAAGAGGGGAGAGUGCGCUGUGGCUCACUCUCUUUCCUUGCGGGUGUAGGGCGCUGCGUGUUUGCGUAGUGGCGGGCAAUGCGGCGGCGCCCCUCCUCCUCCUCCUUGCGGGUGGGCAGCCGCCUGGUGUCCCCUGCGCCUUCACGCCUGAGCGGGUUGCGGCACAAAAUGCCACCGCAACGAGGCAGUGCCAUUUCCACCGUGAGUGGGCAAUGCGUGCGCCCGGAUGCCCACGCAUGCGCACGCAGAGACGGAGGUGUGUGGGGAUGCCAAUGAUGAGUGCCAUACGUCAAAAGAGGCAGCAGCGCAGUUGUAUUGUGCCCCGCGAUUCACGCGGAUUGCCAAGAGGCGUCUUGGUUGCUCUUUCUGCGUGA